AUGUCUGGUGCUCCUGACCGAGAGGCCGUGUUUCCCACGCGCCAGUCGCUGGGAAUCAUGAAGGCGAAGCUCAAGGGUGCUGAAACCGGCCACAGUCUGCUCAAGCGAAAGAGCGAGGCCCUGACCAAGUAUGUUCUCAGAGAGGCUUGGAACCGCAUAUGCGAUUCCGAGGUUCGAAGUCCCGAUCUCUCCCCGAAAAACGAUGCUGACGAAGGAAUCGCUCUUCAAAAGAGAUAA